AUGAUGACACAUAACAUUGUUGACUCUACCACAACUACUACUACUACAACCACUACAAGUAGUAAUAACAACAACAUCACCUCUUCAGCAGGUUCACAAUAUGCUCGCCACCAUUUCCAUCAUCAUCCAUCCUCACCGCCAUACUCAACAGCAUACCCACCUCCUCCAUCACGUACCGAUCCACCACAUACAUCUAAGCGUGAUCAAUCUAUUCCUGCACUAUUAAAUAGCGACGACGAUGAGCACGAUUUUUUGCCUACACCCGUCACCCCUGCAGGUGCCUUUUCAAGCAUCCUUCCGUUAUCAGAGCAACUCAAACAUAGCACAGCCACCACAAAUACAACAACAACCUCUGCAAAUGAAGCUGCAUUAACAUUGCCAAGCCCUGGUGUUAGUGGUCGACCACCUUUACAACAUCAUGAACGAAGCAACAAGGAAGGUACUAGUGGCAAAGGCAACAACAGCAAACAAGGGCAUGCGAACCUCAAUCAGCCCAGUGCAACAACGGAGAAACUCUACGCGUGUCACGAGUGCGACCAGACUUUCAGCCGACCACACAAUCUCAAGUCGCAUCUCGCCACGCAUUCCUCUGAAAAGCCUUACCAGUGUGACAUUUGUCAACAUCACUUUCGAAGACAACAUGAUCUUAAAAGACAUAGAAAGCUACACACUGGUGAAAGACCUUAUGUGUGUAAACGUUGUUCACGACCCUUUGCUCGUUUGGAUGCAUUGAAUCGACAUCAACGUGCGGAGGGAGGUAAUGCUUGCACGAGCGCUGUGCACCACUCCAAAAAAGUAAAUGCCGUUGAACGUAGCCGUGGCGCUUCUACGCCACGCCGCCCCAUACCCCAAUUACACAUUGCUCAUCCAGCAUCCCAGCCACUACCCGACCAACCGCCGUCUUAUCCCUUACCUCCUCACCAUCAUCAACAUCACCAACAAUACCAAUACCAACAACUACAACAACAACAACACCCUGCAUCUAACUCCUCCACACCAAUCUCCUCACCACCUUCACACUCACCUUCAUCAACGGGCGUACUUCCAACAUCAACUUCACCCUCAUCUUCAUCUUCUACAGCUGCUGCGCCCAACCCCUUGCGACUGCCACCUCUCCAUACACCUUCAUCCCCUCCAUUACCUCCUUCUCAUCAACAACAUCAUCAUAACACCUCCUCCUCCUCAUAUCCAAAGCAACAACAACAACCAUGGGAUCGUCUUGAACAAGAAAACAGAGCACUCAAGGCACAAUUACAAGCCGUAUUUCAACAAAAGGAUGCUCUUCAAUCACAAGUUCAUGACCUGCAAGUUGAAAACAAGGUUCUGCGAUCCUUAAUUAUGGAUUCUCAACGACCAGAGACAACAACAACAACAUCACCAGAAGCAGCUGAACCGGCAUUGAAGCGGUUUCGACCAUCGUCAUGA